GCGCGGAUAUUCUCAGGCUGACUCUCCAGGGCGAACUGACAGGAGAUGAACUUGAACACAUAGCCCAGAAGGCGGGCAGGAAGACCUAUGCCAUGGUGUCUGGCCGGUCACCUGGUCAAUCUCUGGCCUCAGAACUGGUGGAGUCCAAUGAUGGACAUGAAGAGAUCAUUAAGGUGUACUUGAAGGGAAGGUCUGGAGACAAGAUGAUCCAUGAGAAGAAUAUUAACCAGCUGAAGAGUGAGGUCCAGUACAUUCAGGAGGCCAGGAGCUGCCUACAGAAGCUCCGAGAAGAUAUAAGUAGCAAGCUUGACAGAGAUCCAGGAGAUUCUUCUCAUCAACAGGAGAUAAAGGUGGUAUUAGAAAAGCCAAAUGGGUUUAGUCAAAGUCCCACGACCUUGUACAGCAACCUACCUGAGGUGGACUCCUGUGUGAAUGAAGAUGCUGAGAGCUUGAAGAAGACGGUGCAGGACCUGCUUGCCAAGCUUCAGGAGGCUGAGCGACAGUAUCAGUCAGACCGGGUGGCUUUUGAGGUCACACUCAGUCGGUACCAGAGAGAAGCAGAAGAGAGCAAUGUGGCCCUUCAGAGAGAAGAGGACAGAGUACAGCAGAAAGAGGCGGAAAUUGGAGAGCUGCAGAGACGCUUGUUAGGAAUGGAGACGGAGCAUCAGGCCUUACUGGCCAAGGUCAGUGAAGGGGAGACAGCGCUGGGGGAACUCCGCAGCCAGAGUGUUGACUGCCGAGCAGAACAGGAAAGGGCUGCUAACCUGGAAAAGGAGGUGGCUGGGUUGCGGGAGAAGAUCCACCACUUGGAUGACAUGCUCAAGAGCCAGCAGCGUAAAGUCCGGCAAAUGAUAGAGCAGCUCCAGAAUUCAAAAGCAGUGAUCCAGUCGAAGGACUUGGCCAUUCAGGAGCUCAAGGAGAAAGUCGCCUAUCUGGAGGCAGAGAAUCUAGAGAUGCAUGACCGGAUGGAGCACCUGAUAGAAAAGCAAAUCAGUCAUGGCAACUUCAGUACCCAGGCUCGGGCCAAGACAGAGAACCCGGGCAGCAUUAGGAUAUCCAAGCCUCCUAGCCCUAAACCCAUGCCUCUCAUCCGAGUGGUGGAAACAUGAACUGGACAGAGAUGGAAGAUGGAUGUUGCUGUUGCUGCCGCUUCUUGCCUGUGGAGAAGUCCACCACUCCUGUAGGCUGUUAACACUGACUUUUGACUUCCUGACUGUUCCCUAACUGUACUCAGGGCUUCACAUUCAUGUAUCCCAUUCCAGACUCCUCUCUUGUGUGCUGGGCAGACAGAGGAUGAGUGGCUCCUCUGGAAGCGGCUUCCUUUUGGAAGCCAUUACCCUACAAUUAGGAGCCAGGGCAGUCUCCUUAUUACCGUAGUUAACUAUUUUUCUCUAUAGCAGAGCCUCCCUUCUGUUGUAGACUGAAGUCCAGCUGCCUUAGAAGCCAGGUCUUCAUCAGGCUGGGAGAAGUGACAGGAUUUGCCUCAGCCCUAAAAGCUAGAGACACAGAUGUCCACAGUGAUUGGAGAGUGUCCUGGGGGAAUGAAGUUCCUUCUGCAAACACAGCUUGGUUCUUAGCAACAAACUGUUUUUCUACUUGCUCCGCCCUCAGCCCAUGCUGAACUGGGCCUCCUACAGAUAGACAAUGGGGUUACCUGCCGUGGCAUGGCCUGGUCAGAGUCAGUGAACCUAAGCUUUGACAG